AUGCAUGGAGUGCGUUCCAUGCUGGCUCUGCUCUUGUCCCUCUUCCUGGCGACAUGCUCUUCGGACAGCGCGCCGGGUGAGUUCCCAGAUGGCCCGCCUGCUGAAGAGUGCAACGGUCCAGAUUCCGAACAGCGCAAGCGGCCGAGCUGGCGCGUCGCACCGUACAGACCCGGCGCGCCGUCGAUCUACGGAGGGCAGUACGUUGUCGAGGCGUUCGGUGAGCAUUUCGAUGGCCCAGUCGGGGGCGAUGACUGGGACCUGCUCUGGACCCAGACUUUCCAGGUCGGUGAGCUCCUCCGGCGGGAGCUGCCCCCGAGGGCGGGCAGGCUGGUGAACCACUGCCGGUACUUCAAGGCCGCGGGCCAGAAGUGCCAUUUCGCCGGGCACGUCAGGAGGGUUGCGGCCGCCCUGGCGCGGGACCCAGCCCAGGCCGCGCAGCUCCCAGUCUUGCGCGCGCACGUGCUCAACCACCCUGCGCAGGCCGCGCAGUGGCUGGCGGAGGUCCAGUCCGCCCCCGAGCCCGAGACGCCCGUCGAGUGGACCACGCGCCAGCAGUGA